CGAUAGGUGGCCUUGGCGGGCGCCUGAUCAAAAUGUUGCCGCUGAAGGGGGAAGAAAAUGACGAUUCCCCCCCCCCCGCCGCAGGGCUGGGAGUGCGUACGGGCCGUCUGGGGGCGUAGCGAGUGGAGGCGACGUUAGGCGCGGCCCGGGCAGCCCUGACGCAGGGGGCCUUGGGGGGUCCUGCUGUAGGUGACAUUCAGGCUCCGGCUCCUUCUUCGGCCGCUGCAGCUGCCGCGCGCCGGUUCCGCCAUGGCCCAGGCCGCCCAGAGGCUGAUCCAGCGCGUCGUCACCAAGGGCCCGCAGCUGGCGAGCGCUGCUGUGACUUACUCCAGGCCUCGUUUGGCCACAUUUUGGCACUAUGCCAGGGUUGAGCUGGUUCCUCCAACCCCCGCUGAGAUCCCCAAGGCCAUUGACAGCAUGAAAGCUAUGGUCAAAAGCUUUCAGUCUGGUCACCUCGCACAGCUCACAGUCAAGGAAGCUCUGAGGAACGGUUUGGUGGCCACAGAGGUGCUGAUGUGGUUUUACAUCGGUGAGAUCAUAGGCAGAGGCAGCCUGAUUGGAUACAAUGUUUGAAGACUAAUCUUUAGUAGUCUUAUGUUUCACUUUUUUGUCCCCUAAGUCUGUAACAGUAUUUGACAAAAUAAAACCAGGAAAUGAUGUGGA